CGAUAUCCAUUGAAAUUUUAAACUUAAAACUAGGCAAUAAUACAUGUUAUUAAAGGAAAAAUUAUGUUAAUUUUUGGUAUACUCCCUUUUGAAAAGGAACCAAACAUUCAUAUUUAAAAAUCAAAACACAAAGGUUGGUGUUUUAAGAAAAUCUUCAAGAUUAGUGAAUUCACUAAAAAUCCUCCGGAAAUGAGUUUCGAGGACAAACGGAAGGCACUGUUUGCCUGUCUGGAUUCGGCGGAGAAAAGCAUAGCGACGGAUUCGAUGCUUCAUAAGGAUAAGCGACCGGAGCCCAGCACCGAUAGGGAUCGCCAGGGAAGAAAAUACUCGGAAUCUCCGGAUCGGCGUCACGGGCACCAGAGCUCGUCGAUCAAAAAGUUCCGGGGCCGAGAGAGCAUCUUCAAACGGCCGGCUGCCCCAAUCGGCAAAUGUUUGCCCUCGUCCCGGGUUCCAGAUUUUAAGAAAAAUCCCCACAAGUGGACCAAAUAUUCGCUGGAAGAUGUGGACAUCAGCGACCGCAGCAAUACGGCUGCCGCUUUUUCCUUCUUGCGACAGAUUGAAUCGCAACGACGGGACAGCGGCAUUGAGCACAGCGAAGAUGAUGAUGUCAGUAAUAUUGACGAAGACCAUGAACACCGGAGUCAGCCGAAAGCACAAAACGAGGAAUCUGGUACCCAAUUUCGGAAUCGAAUCAAAUUCAAUCGCUCUCAAAAGCUGAAAACACAGCUUGAGGAAGAGGAUAGACCACCACCCGAGACGAGCAGUAAAGCGGUAGUCAAGGGAUGUAGGGUGCUGAUGCCGGAAUACGUGGUAGGGCAGAAACCUUUUAAGAAAAGUAGAAACGUUGUUUCUAAACCUACGAGUAGCACUUCUGGAUCGAAAAGAGAUCGAACUAAAGAGUUGAAGCUGGAUCAUCUGAUGGACGAUGAUGACGACGAUGAAGACGAAAUGGAGUGAAGCAACUUGUAUUUAAAUAUCUAUUACAUUAAGAAUACAAAUUAAAUGUUACUGA